CGCGGUGCUGUAGAAGCCAAGUUGUUGUUUGUUUGCUCGCCUGGUGUUGAGUGUGUGUCCAUUCAGCGCAAGAGAGUACCCUGUCAGCACACACUCCAAAGCUGGUUGAGCAACGUGUGACCCUCUGAGUUCAAAACACGCCAAACAACCCACAAGCCAGGCCUGACAGGACAACAGCGAGAGCAGAGAGCAGAGAGCAGAGAGCAGAAAGUAGAGAGCAGAGAUGGAUGCCAACGUUGCGUCUGCGGUGCAGACGGUGCAGAUGCUGCGCGCUCAUCAGCUUCCAGAUGAUCAGCCUUGCAUCGAAGCGUCGUCGUCCACCGUCAACUACGAAGCAUCCUUCGACACCAACUUCCAGGACCGUGAGGGCUUCGUCUCAGGCAUUGCCCACUACGUCGAAGAAGCGCAAAACCUCGGCACCUUGAACGACAUGCUGGAGCAAGGCCGACAGUAUGCGGGCAUGUUGUACACGUGGAGAUACAUCUCCCGAGGUGUGCCGCAGGCAAGCAGCGACGACCAGGAGAACCGCACGGAGAUCUACCGCAUCACCGUCGACGUGCUCAAGCCACACAUUGACAAGCUCAAGCAGUUUUACCUGUUCCAGGGCUCGGCCGUGCAGCGCUUCUGCGAGGAGGUGAAGAAGCUCUCCAACCCAGAGAAGCUCAAGUCGUUUGUGUCAGAGACCACAAAGAUCACCCUCAUCAAGAUGAUUGAUCUCUUCGCCACCCUCAACGCUCUCAAGAACGCAAAGUCCAGCGUCAGAAACGACUGCUCCCUCUACAGGCGUGCGUUUGGCAUCCUGAAUGCGGGCCAGCCCACCAACCCGGAGGACGCCGACAUUGAGCGCAAGCUCGUGUUCUUCCUCGGCACAGAGAACUGCCUGUGCAACGAUGUGGUGACGGAGGUGCGCAAGAUCCCGCACUACCUCGACGUCAUGCACGAGCUGGCAGACACGUGCAUCCGCCUGCUGGAAACAGACGGCUACGUUCUCCCCGACGAGAAGCACACCCUGCUCAAGGCCAUUUCGUUCAUUGUGUACAUCAUGGACGACCCUGAGGAGAAGAUUGGCAUCUACAAAGUGAAAAAGUACAACCACCACAAGUACGACGCGCUCUUCAAGGAGACGCCAGUUGUCCCGCUGUAUGGCGACAUGCACAUGCAGCUGCUGUCGUUCGUGCAGAUGGGCCCACACUACGACCGUGCCAAGUGGCCCCAGGCCAACGAGGCCCUCAGCUCGGAGCACAUUGACACGUACCACAACAUCACCGCGCAGCUGCCCGCCUUUGAGGCCGAGCGCGACGAGCUCGUCAGCUUGCUUGCCCUCCUCAGCACAAAGGAUGUUGCUGGGCGGCUCGCUGUUGCCACAACGGAGCGCGCGAGCGACGUUGCUCUCCGCGGCCUCAAGACAGUCUCAAGAUGGACCACCGCCAUUCGCGAACUGCACGGCUGGAAGCUGGCCAAUCCAACAGACAAGUAUCUCAACCGCAACUGCCCCGCCGAUGCCGAGGAUUACGAGCGCGCCGUGCGCUACAACUACUCUGCCGAGGAGAAGGCCGCCGUUGUUCAGAUUGUGACGAUGAUCAAGGACGUGUUGCGGAUCCUGUGGAAGAUGGAGAGCAUGCUCAACCUCGGCAUCCGCGUGGAGAUUUACAAGGAGACGCAGUCGUUUAUCCAGCACAACGUUCGCGAUAUGGUUCGCCACUGCAUCAAGAAGAAGAAGGCAAAGGCCCGCACCGUGCUGAUGGGCCUGCGCAACACGUGUGCAGACUGGGCUGCUGGCUUUGAGCCCGAAGACGACCCGUACAUGCGCGGCAUCAAGGACACGGCGUACCAGCCCCCAGAGAUUGGCAACAGGCACUGCGGGCCAGGAUCAACGCAGCUGUUUAUGAUGCGAACGAUGCUUGAGAGCCUGUGCGCUGACGACAAGAAGAAGAGUCUGAAACACGAUCUUGACUCCAAGUUCCACGGGCCCAUGCUCACCUUCUACAACUCCACAAAGCACUAUUUCCACCUCCUCAACUUCAAAUCGUCACUGCAAGAGGCAGCUGAUUUGUCGCAGCUCUGGUUCCGCGAGUUUUACCUUGAGCUCAGCAACGGCAAACAUAUCCAGUUCCCGAUUGACAUGUCACUGCCUUGGAUCCUGGUGGACCAUGUUCUCACCUCCCAAGACCCCGGCAUGAUUGAGUACGCGCUGUAUCCCAUGGAUCUGUACAACGACGCUGGCGGGUUUGCGCUGCGGGCGUUCCAGAAGCAGUAUCUCUACAACGAGAUUGAGGCCGAGGUUGACCUGUGCUUUGAUCAGUUUGUCUACAAGCUCUCGGAAAACAUCUUCCGCCACUACCGUUGCAAGGCUGCAAGCCAAGUGCUUGAUGAGGAGUUCAAGGGUGAUCCGGCCCUCAAAUCCAUCAACAUCAACCAGUACAACAACGACGCGCACUAUCCCUCCCUCAUGCGCCAGCGUCACUUCCAGCUGCUUGGACGGUCCGUGAACAUCCACCGGCUGUUGUCGCAGCGCCUCAACGCCAAGCUGAAGCAGGCCAUCGACAUUGCUAUCGGCCGCUUCGAGAGCAUGGAUCUCACAGGCAUCAUUGAGCUUGAGCUGUCGCUGAAAGUGUCGCGGGCAAUGCACGAGAUGCUGACUCAGCACCUGCAGCUGGACCCGUACGAGGAGCUGUUGAACGAGGCCAACAACUCGGUCACCUCGGCAUACGGCCGCAUCACGCUGCAGGUGUUUGCAGAGCUGUGCACGGACGUCAUCCCUAACCACUGCUACAACACCGCCGAUCGAAGGUUCAUCCGACCGGAGCGGGCGCCCGUGUUUGGGGAGGGCGAGCCGCAGCGCGAGAGCGCCCCGCGUGCUGCCCCCGAGAUGCGAUUUGGCUCAAAGCUGCUCAACACGGCGUAUGCUGCGGUGACGGCGAAAUUUACGUCCUUCUUUGGCGUGGAACACCUGUCCAGUGCUGUGCGGCUCCUCGAGUACCGCGGCGUCGCCCUCUGCAUCGAGGAAAUGCUCAAGAUUGUCCAGGCCAACAUUACGGACGUGCUUACCCCUUAUGUGGCGAACCUGCUUGAUGGCAUGCCCAAGUCGUGCCGCCUCCCACUCAUCGACUAUGGUUCCGUUGGCGCAAUGGGCUUCUACCAGCUGCAGCUCAAGGACAUCAUGGCGUACCCGGACUUGCAGACGGAGGUGUUUCAUUCGUUCAGGGAGGUUGGCAACAGCUUCAUCAUCUUCGUGCUCAUCGAACAAGUCCUGUCUGUGCUUGAGGUUGAAGAGACGGUGCUGGCAAUGCCAUUCCAAGGCGACGUGCCGUGCCUCGUCAAAGGUGGCGGGUGGUGCCUGAAGAGAAGGAACGGUGUUCUGCAACGCCUACGCCCUGUCUUGCAGCGUAUUCCCCUCAUCACCACUCGUAUGGCUCAUUGUGACGCGGCAAUGGCAAAGCAGGCUGACGUGCUUACUAAGGAGCGCCUCUACAAGGGCCUCAGCAUCUUCAAGAGCGUCACCAUGACUUUCAAGACGAUGCUUGAGUCGGAUGCCACGGAUCACAGCCUCUGGUUUGGUGCAAAGGCGCCCAACGGCGUCGUUGAUGUGGACGCGUGCACGAGCUUCUAUCGCCUGUGGAGUGCCGUGCAAUACACAUCACUCGUCUCCGCCGCUUCGCGCGGUGUCGACCAGAUUACGGAGUUUAUGGGCGAUGGGCUGUAUUGGGCCGGCGCCGUCAUCAUCGCUCUCCUUGGCCACCGCGGAUUGUUUGAGACAAGCGACUUCUCGUAUCACAUCAUCAAGGCCUUUGAUCUGGAUCACAAGGACGAGAGCGUGUCUGGCGUGAGCGUGCCCAUGUUUGUCAAGUUUGCACGGAAGCGGCGUGCCUUGAACAACGCCAUCUUUGCCACCAUGGAGCGCUAUCUCUUCAAGAGCAAGAACAAGGCUGCAGAUCCAGCAUACAUCCCGCCGCCAGGCUGCGGCAUCGAGGUCUGAGCGACAAAGCUCAAGUGAAUGGAACCCUUGAAACGCGUUUUGCACACAUGUCUGAUUGCUUGCUUGUGUUGCUCUCCUCUGUGCUUUGAGUGCUGUGUGGUUGGUUGGUUGGUUGGUUGGUGAAGUUGCUUUUUCAUGCCGUGGCGCGAGGUGACGUGAUGUGACAUGACUUGCCCAGUUGCAGCUGUAUGAAUAUUUGGUGCGCCGCUUUGUUUGCUUGAGCUCGAGCUUGGCUUUUGUGCUGUGAUGCAGUGUUUGCGACACACAAUGAAGACAAUGAAGAAAAGCUUCACCACA